GACAAUAAAAGAAUUGUUUGUAUUGCCAUCGCGUGCAAUUGGAUUUUUGAAAGUAUAUUUAACAGAGUUUCACGGAGUCCAGCUAGAGGUAACAAAAUGGAGGACAGCGGCAUCGAUAGCGAGGACAGGCAAUCCAACAUCUAUGAGGACGGGGCCGCAGGCCUUCUGAAAACGGCCAGCGGAGCCCCCAAACAUAUGUCGGAUCUGGAGUUUGAGGUGGCUUUCAGGGGCGCCAGCAAGGUGUAUGCCCCCACGACUAUAGAAAUCGAUGAGGAAGAAGAAGCGGCUGCCGCCACCGGUCGUGGCCACGAACCACCAAACACCUGCCGCAUUCUGCAGCGCAAACUGGAGCUGAAGGUCGAGCGGGCCCGGCGGAAUUACACCCAGUUUCAGGAAGAGCAGGCCACAAAGACACAGUCGUCCACCCUGAUACCAAUCAAUCGACUUCCCAUUCCCGGCGAGCCCGAGCACAAGCCUCUGGUGGAUUACAAGUCCGAGAGCAGUGACGAGGCCGAGGAGAUCUCCUUCUUCCCGGCUCAACUGAAGCGGUCCAAGCGUCGCCAGCAGAACCAUGAGCUGACAGACACCUUUAGCAUACAGGAAAUGACCAUUGACUCGGAUCUGGAGUCGGACGACAGUGCAGGCACCCAGAAUCUCGAGCUCCUGCUGCCCUCCAUGAAGUCCACCAUUUUGGACAAGUUCAAGAGCUGCUUCGGCUGCUGGCGGCGCAGGUAAUGCCAGGCGGAGCAGAGCCAUAUCAGGCGGUUCAGGCACAAAUCACGUUAUUGACAGGCACUAGCAACCUACGUACUUAAUAAUGAUAAACUCCAUUGCCACUACA